GUCAUCUAUGUGCAGACUGCAGAUAUUUUCUGAAUUCUUGUUUCCUUGUGUAGAGUGUUUUGAGAGGUGAAGGCUUUUUGGUCAUAACCCAGUGGUUACCGCCGGCGAGCACCGUAUAUGGAUUUGGUCCGGCAGGUAGCCGGCGGCCGAGCUCUUGCAUGGAAGGCGUAUUUGGCUAUGGUGCUGGUUCAGGUCAUAUAUGGAGGGUUCCACGUCAUCACCAAGGUUGCCCUUAACGUCGGGAUGAACCAGAUCGUUUUCUGCAUCUUCCGAGAUCUCCUCGGUUUUUUCAUCCUCGCUCCCAUCGCUUUUGUCCGAGAUAGAGGCAUCCGACCUCCUCUGACAAGCCAACUGCUCUUGUCAUUUUUAUUUCUUGGGUUGACUGGGAUUUUUGGCAAUCAGCUGUUGUUUACUAUUGGUCUUGGAUACACAAAUCCAACUUAUGCUGCUGCUGUUCAGCCAUCAAUUCCAGUUUUUACAUUCAUCUUGGCAGCAAUUAUGGGCGUGGAAAAAUUUAAUUUUCUUAGAAAGGAAGGUUGGAUCAAGAUUAUAGGUACUUCUGUAUGUGUUUCUGGUGCAGCAGUUAUGCUCAUUUAUAGAGGUCCGGCUAUAUUUGGCAAUGGUGUAGAUGCUACGCUCAGUGAAAUGAUCAUGGGAACUCAAUCCGAGCAUGUAAGACAGUUGAGACCUAAUUUGUUGAAGUUUCAAAUUGGUACAUGGCAUAUUGGUGUUUUGUGCUUGAUUGGGAACUGCGUCUGUAUGGCUGCUUUUCUAGUUCUGCAGGCUCCAGUUCUGGUGAAGUAUCCUGCUACGUUAUCAUUAACAGCAUACACAUACUUCUUUGGGACAGUCAUGAUGGUCCUUUCAGGAUUGUGUACUUCAAGAAAUUCUACAGAUUGGAUGUUGACAAAAUCAGAGAUAAUUGCAAUACUAUAUUCUGGAGUAUUUUCAUCAGCUCUCAACUACGGGCUCAUAACAUGGUCCAAUACAAUUAUUGGACCAGCAUUGGUCGCACUGUUCAUGCCUCUUCAACCAGCCAUGUCUGCUUUUUUGUCAGCAAUAUUUAUUGGCAGCUCCAUCUUCCUUGGGAGUAUUGUUGGGGGAUUUCUCAUCAUCGCCGGCUUAUAUCUGGUCACCUGGGCUCGUUACGCUGAGAGCGAAGAAGCCAAGGCAAAGUCUUGUGAAGACCUGAUCUCAGAGCCUCUUCUUUAGGCCGACGCAUCACCCCUUCCCAGAAAGGAAAGUUCAUCCAUUAUCCCAUUGUCCAGAAACAUGGCCGCCAAAACCGAAGUUAGAGUUAUUUGAAUUUCUCUACGAUAUAUUCGCAUCAGAUUGCCAUGGCUUUUGGUGUGGCCGUGUUAAUUGAAAAGAAGACGGGGAAAGCACCAAACAGACUACAGGUAGGAAAUAUCCAUGGGACGAAGAUUUAUUUUAUGAGCCUAACUGUGCAUAACUGCAUCUAUUUGGCCUCUGUUUAAUAUGUUAUUCUGCACUUUUGUGCUAUGUAUAAAUAUAUUUUCGAUUGUGUGCUAUCUUAUU